AUGUCAGAACUCCCUGACAAAUCGAAUUCACCAAUCCCGCCAUCUGUGUUUGAUAGCGACGUUGAUGACACCAAUUCGUCUCCAGUCCUUCUACCAUUGACUGUGUCGAUCGAUGAUGAUGGUGCAGGACAGCUCUCAGCACCGCAGACGAAUACCACGGCUGAGCUCUCAGAGCCGCGACAGAUUAUAUCGUCUGGAGACCCUUCCAAAUUUCUCCAGGCUGAGCUUGGGCGACCUGUUUUCGCAGGAACCUACUUCAACGAGCCUGCGUAUCUCGUCCAGCUGCGAUUGCACUUGUCACUGUCAAGCGGAAAUCGAAGCUGGCUCAGCCGUAUCCAAACGGUUGAUAUUCAUGUUCAUGUAGAAGACGCACCGAGAGAUGAUGCACAGAAUGCUUCGGAGAAUUCUGAUAGCAGUGACAGUGAUUUCGAAGAGGAGGAAUUUCCGCACCCAGCAAUCGUCAAAGCAUUCCCUAGUCCCGGUGGUUGGGAGGGUACACCACAAUCCGCUGAGGUGUCAUUAACGCACGGAAUCGGCAUGCAACUAGGCUACAAUCCCGCUUCUGUUUCCUACAACAUCGGCGAAUCACGCACCUGGACCAAGACCGGAGCCGUCAAGGUCAAGGUAGCACACAAAGGCCCUGGACAGAACAAGUUGCAUGUUCGGGUCGAAGAGAGCUCUGUGGACAAGGCUGGAGUGCCGGACUAUCUAUUAGUACCUUUUAUCAUCAGACACCGGUCUCGUCGCUUCCGUAUGCGUGUUGGCAUCCACGCCCGCUUUGGUUUCUGGCGCGGCAAGCUGGCGGAAGUGGUGCCCAUUCUUGGUCGCGCUGAUGAACCUUUGUUCUUUGAUCCGCUGGUUAUGCGCCGGGCUAUGGAAAAGGGACGGAGGGGCGUUAAUGGGGAGAAGGUCGUUGAGUGGCGUGGUGCACUGGAUGAAGUUGCGCUGCAGGAGUACUCGUCGCUGAUUGAUAAGAAUGCCACUCAGGCGUGA